UGACAUAUGAAAUGCUAACGACUUUUGUAUGAUAGCAUAUACUUGCAGUGGUGUUGAAGCACGUACAAGAUAUACCAGAAGCCGAUCUUAUUCGUGUUGUUCGGACCAUGGCGGAGAAGGUUAGAGAGGAUGAAGCAAAUUGGAAAGACAAGUUUGCGCUGUACUUCAAGUUGGUCGUGGAAGCGCCCCGCAAUGAUAUCUUUAUGCAACAAGCCGUCAAGCGUAUUGGUGCUGAUGAACUUUUCAUUGUCCUUCAAACGCUACGUGACUGGAUGGACUGGUGGGAUGAACAAGGAGGAGGAUCUUCUAGCAAAAACUCAGAACCGGCGGGUGUACCUAAAUUUGUCCAUGUCAUUGAGUUCGCCAAUAUCUUCUUGGACGUUCACUUCCCAACAUUGAUUUUAGAAUCAUCCAUGCACGAGUUGGUACAAGCACUUAGAGAAAGGGUACAGCAGGAACUGCAAAUGUGCUCAGAUAUGGAAGAACUUCGCGGAGUUUUGGAUUUGUUCUAUAGGAAAGAUCUCGCUCGUAAAGCUGCCCCUGCUAACAAAACGCGGCCGUCUGAUGCCCCACAGAACGAGCUUAGUAAAUAUCGCAAGGAACUUAAGGGCAAAUUUGGUGGUGAACAAGGUGUUCCUCAAUAUAGAGUGGAGAUAUUUCAGUUUUAAUCUUCCAAUACACUUGAAAUAAAAAAAGAAAACCCAACCUGCCCAUGAUGUCCAUCCCCCCAUAGCCUUGGCCCAAGUUCCGAGUUUGGACAGCCAGCACGA